CCGACGUGUAAAGAAGACGUCUCUCCGCUUCACUCUAUAGCCACUACGAUCUUCAGGACGCGGAAUUUAAAGUUUCCUUCAUACAUUUCACCUUUAUCAAGAAUCAACGGGACCUCUGUUCGGUAUUUCGCAUGCUGAAAUUAUUAAGACAAUAUUGCAGAAUGAAGCCACCAGUUAACAACACCCUUUUGCACGAUGUGGACAUUCCCACGAAGAAGGCGACUUUUGGUAUGGGCUGCUUCUGGUCAAACGAUUCUCUUUUCGGCGCCACGCUCGGUGUCAUACGCACUCGUGUGGGAUACGCCGGUGGCACGACCAAGAAUCCGCAUUACAGAAGCAUCGGGGACCACACAGAAGUUAUAGAGAUCGAUUAUGAUCCGAAAACUGUUACCUAUGAGGAGCUUCUCGAAAUUUUCUGGGCUAACCACGAGUACGGACUAACCACCAAAUUAAAGAGACAGUAUCAGUCAAUGAUUCUGUACCACGAUGAUGAACAACGUUUAGUGGCUGAAGCCUCGCACAGAGCCGUGCAGAGCCGCUGUAACGAGACCUUACGCACUGAGAUAGCGAAGGCUGACGUUUUCUAUCCAGCUGAAGACUACCAUCAGAAAUACAGACUUCAAGGCCACAAAGACUUCUGCCGCAGUAUCGGGCUCGAUUCCUCUAAGCUACAGACUUCUCAUUUGGCCGCCAGACUCAACGGUUACCUGGUCGGUGUUGGAGGAAUGAAUCAAUUCGACCAGGAACUGCCGAAACUAGGCCUCAACGAGAAACAAGCUGAAUACGUGAGGAGGGAGCUUGAACGCAACGAAGGCGGCGGUCUGGCUUGCUAAUGAGAUUACGAAACAUGUGUAAAAAAAAAGAAAAUGCUGUAACUAAUAAAUAUUACAAAGACGUAUUUUUAAAAUCUAAUAACUAUUACGUCUAUUUCGUUAAUGUUUAAUUCAAAAAAAAAGACCUAUAUCAAAUAAAAAUAACUAGUAUUAAAUUUUAUGCAUGUUUGGAUAGCACAAAAAAUCAUACACCGCUAA